ACGCUCUUCACGGAGAUGGACACGCUGCAGCACGAUGGCGAGGAGAUGGAGUGGAAAGAGUCGGCCAGGUGGAUAAAGUUUGAAGAAAAGGUGGAGGAAGGCGGGGAGAGGUGGAGCAAGCCCCACGUGUCCACGUUGUCUUUGCACAGCCUGUUUGAGCUACGGACAUGUCUACAGACGGGAACGGUGCUCCUGGACUUAGAUGGCUACUCUUUGCCCCAAAUUAUAGACGAUGUCAUUGAGAAGCAGAUCGAGGAUGGGCUGCUCAAGCCGGAGCUGCGGGAGAAGAUAAGCUACGUGCUCCUCAGGAAGCACCGUCACCAAACUAAGAAGCCAAUCCACCGGUCCUUGGCUGACAUUGGAAAGUCCGUCUCCUCCAACACAACAUCACCCGACGGUUCCCCAUGGCACCUGCAUCUCCUCUAACGGUCGGGGGACCUGCGGAUGCGGCAGAGCGCAAGCUACGGCCGCCUGCGUCACGCGCAGAGUCGAAGCAUGAACGACAUCUCGGACACGCCGAGCACCGACCAGCUGAAGAACAAAUUCAUCAAGAAGAUCCCUAAGGAUGCAGAGGCCUCCAACGUGCUGGUGGGAGAAGUGGAGUUUCUGGAGAAGCCCUUCGUGGCUUUCGUGCGGCUCCUCCAGGCGACGAUGCUGGGAGGGGUGACAGAGGUGCCCGUCCCCACCAGGUUCCUCUUUAUUCUCCUUGGUCCCGCGGGAAAAGCCAAAUCCUACAACGAGAUCGGCAGAGCCAUCGCGACGCUCAUGGUGGAUGAUCUCUUCAGCGAUGUUGCCUACAAAGCCCGGGAUAGAGAAGACCUGAUCGCCGGCAUAGAUGAGUUUCUGGAUGAAGUCAUUGUCCUGCCGCCCGGCGAGUGGGACCCCAACAUUAGGAUUGAGCCACCCAAAAAAGUGCCCUCAGCUGAGAAGAGGAAAUCGGUUUUCUCACUGAACGAAGUGGGGCAGAUGAACGGCGCGGCUGGGGGGGCAGGCGCCGGGGGCGGUGGAGGAGGCAGCGAUGAUGGGGAGAUGCCUGAAGUUCACGAAAUUGGGGAAGAGCUCGCGUGGACCGGCAGGUUUUGCGGUGGCCUCUAUUUGGAUAUCAAGAGGAAGCUGCCCUGGUUCCCGAGCGACUUCUAUGAAGGCUUUCAUAUCCAGUCCAUCUCUGCCAUCUUGUUCAUCUACCUGGGCUGCAUCACCAACGCCAUCACGUUUGGGGGCUUGCUUGGGGAUGCUACGGACAACUACCAGGGUGUCAUGGAGAGCUUCCUUGGUACGGCGAUGGCAGGCUCCAUGUUUUGCCUCUUCGCCGGGCAGCCGCUCAUCAUCCUCAGCAGCACCGGCCCCAUCCUCAUCUUCGAGAAGCUGCUCUUCGACUUCAGCAAAGGCAACGGCAUCGACUACAUGGAGUUUCGCCUCUGGAUCGGCUUGCACUCUGCCCUACAGUGCCUUAUCCUGGUGGCCACCGACGCCAGCUUCAUUAUAAAGUACAUCACCCGCUUCACAGAGGAAGGCUUCUCCACCCUCAUCAGCUUCAUCUUUAUCUACGACGCCAUCAAGAAGAUGAUUGGAGCUUUUAAGUAUUACCCCAUCAAUUCGGACUUCAAGCCAGACUACGUGACCAUGUACAAGUGCGAGUGCAUCGCUCCCGACCCAGCCAACGCGACCUUGUUCGAUGCUUCAGCUCCAGUGGCACCCAACACCACUAACGUUUCUCUGUACAAUGCUAUUAACCUAACAGCUCUGGACUGGACUCAGCUGAGUAAGAAGGAAUGUCUCAAAUACGGCGGCAGCUUAGUGGGGAAAUCCUGUAAAUUCGUGCCCGACCUGGCCCUUAUGUCCUUCAUCCUCUUCUUCGGGACCUACUCCAUGACCUUGACCCUGAAAAAAUUCAAAUUCAGCCGCUAUUUCCCCACCAAGGUCAGGGCUUUCAUUGCUGAUUUUUCCAACGUCUUCUCCAUCCUCCUCUUCUGUGGAGUGGAUGCCUGUUUCGGACUGGACACCCCUAAGCUCCAUAUCCCCAGUAUCAUCAAGAAGGCAGCGGGCUACCACCUGGACCUCUUCUGGGUGGGCAUCCUCAUGGCCACCUGCUCCUUCAUGGGGCUGCCCUGGUACGUGGCGGCCACCGUCAUCUCCAUCGCCCACAUCGACAGCUUGAAGAUGGAGACGGAGACCAGCGCCCCGGGGGAGCAGCCCCAAUUCCUGGGCGUCAGGGAGCAGAGAGUAACGGGCAUCAUCGUCUUCGUGCUGACGGGGAUUUCUGUCUUCCUGGCCCCUAUCCUGAAGUACAUCCCCAUGCCGGUGCUGUACGGCGUCUUUCUGUACAUGGGCGUCGCGUCGCUGAACGGCAUCCAGUUUUGGGACCGCUGCAAGCUCUUCCUCAUGCCAGCCAAGCAUCAACCCGACUACGUCUUCCUCCGGCAUGUGCCACUGCGCCGCAUCCACCUCUUCACACUGGUGCAGAUCGUCUGCCUGGCCAUCCUCUGGAUCCUCAAAUCCACUGUGGCCGCCAUCAUCUUCCCCGUCAUGAUUUUAGCCCUGAUCCUGGUGAGGCGGCUGCUGGAUUUUGUCUUCUCCCAACAUGACCUGGCCUGGAUUGACAACAUCAUCCCCGAGAAGGAGAAGAAGAAGGAGGAUGACAAGAAGAAGAAGAAAAAAGGCAACAAAGGAGAUAGCAGCAGCGAUGAAGAGGAAAGAGGUCCUCCACCUGGAGCUUUGCGUUCUGAUUCUUCCCCAAACGGUUCAGACCUGGAUCGCAGUAUUACGCUUCACCUGAAGAUUUCGUGCCCGUCGUCUCCCGCAUUUAACUACUCCCGAAACCCCAUCUGCGCCGUGCCCCAGGUGAAGAUAGAGAUGGAGUCGGACUACGAGGACACCGACACCGAAAAACCACCUCGGGACAUGGGCAGUGAGACCACGCUAUAG